AAUGGGCUUUCCCAGAUUCUGAGAAAUCUUUUUGCUACCAUGCACGGCCUCAUCUCCCUCAAUCAGCAGGUCCUUCCUAACAAAUAACCUCACCCUUGAAGGCUGUCCCUGUAGUCUGGGAAGUGAGGUGGGACCAGGCUGGGGCAGGGUUCGGUGGGGCUGGGGGCAGCCACCCUGCUCUAAAGACAAAAGUUUCAGAGGCAUGGAUAUCCUUGGGUUGGCCCUCCUUGCUACUGGUUACAGCCCCAGUCAUCACUAUCACUAGCUUUUAUUGAGUACUUACUAUGUGCCCAGCUAAGUUCUUUCCAUGCCCAUCUUGUUUCAUUUUCCCUCUAAUCCCCUGAGGUGCUUCAUGACCAGCCCAUCCCCACCAACCCACCCACCCACACACACACACACACACACCCUUCCUCCUUUUCUCUGUGCUUGUAUGUGUGUGUGGUAUGAGUGUGCAUGUGUGUGUGAGGUUUGUGUGUGUGUGGUAUGUGUUGUGUGUGUGGUAUGUGUUGUGUGCCUGUGUGAGUCUCCUGCCAGUCUGCCCCUCAUCUGCUGCACUCCAGUCACAUUGGCUUCCUUGAUCUUCCUAAAACUCACCAAGAAAGCAUCCACCUCAGGGCCUUUGCACUUGCUAUUCCUCCUGCCUGGAAUGCUCCUCCCCCAGAAAUUUGGAUGGCAUACUUUCUCAUUUCCUUCAGAUCUGGACUUGAAUAGUAUCUCCUCAGUGGGGCUUUCUCUGGUCACCCAAAUCUAGAUUUUUAACACACACACACCACACACACAUUUCACACAUGCAUGCACACACCACACACUUUCUAUUCCCUCUCCCUCCUUUAUUUUUCCUCCUUAGCAGUCAGCACACUGUAGCAUACUAUAUAUUUUACCUAUUCAGUUUGCUCAUUGUCUGUUUCCCCUACCAGGAUGUAAACCCACGAGAUCAGUUGUUCAUUGCUGUAUCCCCAGGGCUUAAAACAGGGUCUGGCAGAUAGUAAGUGCUCUGUAAGUAUUUCUGAAAUGAAUGAAGGAAUGAAUGAGAACGUUGAAGGCUCAGAGAGGUCAAGCAGCUUGCUCCUGGUCACACAGCCAGUCAGGGCAGAGCCAGGACCUGAAGCUGGGCCUGUCUGCACAAGCUCUUUCCCCCCUACCAUGGACCCACUCAGCCUGCUGGAACGCAGAGCAGGUUCUUGGAAGAAAUAUUUCUGCACUUUCCCUUCCCUCUGCUUGCUUCCAGUUUGACCAGAAAGAGCAGAAGGGCUUCCUGAGGCCUCGGAAGGAUUACUGGGACUUCCUCUGCACUGCCCUGGGGCAGCAGCGGGGGAACACAGAGCCAGCCCGCUUCGUCCACUCACAGAGCAAGCUGAAGACCUCACUGGGAAAAGGCCGUGCCUUCAUCCGCUUCUGCCUCGCCCGUGGACAGCUGGCUGAGUUCUUGCAGCUCUGCCUCCUGAACCCAGAGCUUAUCAGGGAGUGGUAUGGCCCCCGGAGCCCUCUGGUGUGCCCUGAACUCCAGGAAGACAUCCUGGAUUCCCUCUAUGCUCUCAAUGAAGUGGCUUUCGACUUGGACCUGCAGCGGCCAGACUUGGAUGGGGCCUGGCCCAUGUUCUCAGAGUCCCACUGCUCCAAUUCCAAUCGGACCCAAGGGAGAAGACGCAGAAAGACCACAGAUUCCCCAAAGGAGAUCUCAGCCACAUACAGAGACCCCAUAGGAGUCCACCCAGAGGAGCCAUACACCAGCCAAGCUGGCUGUCUGCAAGAUGCACCCAGGGAAGACCGGUUGGCUGGACUCCCAAGGACGCAGCAACACAGGCAUCUUCCCUCCUCUUUGGAAAAGAAGAAAAAAGAUCCCAGGAGUCUUGGGCACCCCCAGAGCAUGUGGGAACCAGAGGGGGAGGAGCUUCAGCAAGACCAAGAGAAAGGAGCUCCAAGGACAGGGAUCUACCUGGAGAACUCAACAUCCAGUAUCCAGGGACAGGGAGAGGGGGCCAAGGGGGCUCUGAAAGAGGUGAAAGGGACAGAGGCGAAAGGCAGGGGGGUGUUGCUGGAUGUGUCGGGCCAGAGAACAACAGACGGGACUCAUGAAAGAGAAGCAGAGUGGGGUCAUGUCCGUAGGCUGCUGGCCUCCAGCCCCAAAGGGACAGUAGAGGACGCAGCGUCAGGGAGCAGGCAGGAGGGAGAGGUGCCCAGCAUCCCAGGGGAGCCCUGGGUCCUUCAGGGCCUGGGAACAAAGGAAGGCUCCACCACAGAGAAACCCCAAGAGCAAACAGAAGUGACCAGUGUGACCAGGAAGGAGGAACAAGCAGAGAUGGCUUUGCAGGAUGUGGUCAAGAGCCUCAGACAUGGUCUCCAGAAAACCAAGGAGCAGGCCCAGCACCAGGAGCAGCUGCUGAAGGAGCAGCUGCUGAAGGAGCAGGAAGGGGAGCUGAAGGCACUGCAGGAGCAGCUCAGAAGGUGUCAGGAAGAGAGGGCCCAGCUGCAGGCGGAGCUGGAGCAGAAGCAACUGGAGGCUGAAAGGAGGGAUGCCAUGCAUGAGGAGGAGCUUGAAGGGCAGCGGGACCUGGUCCGCGCCAUGAAGAGGCGGGUGCUGGAACUGAUUCAAGAGAAGGAUGACCUGUGGCAGAAGGUCCAGCAUCUCUCUUCUGUGGCCCCUGGAUGCUGUGUCAGCUGUAGCAAGAUCUUUGGCCGGCUGUCUCGGCGGUACCCAUGCAGGCUCUGCGGAGGCCGGGUUUGCCAUGCCUGCUCUGUGGAUUACAAGAAGAGAGAGCGCCACUGCCCACCCUGCUCCCAGAGAAGAGAAGCCCAAGUCCUCUGACCAAGACCCCCUACCCCUCAGCUCUUCCUGGCCCUCUGGUCUGACCGGUCCCAUCUUCUGGAAGUCAGCGAUCUAAAGAGGACAGCACUUGAGUGGACAGGCCGUGGUGUGGAGGGUGGAAGGAGCGGGGCUGGCUGUCAGGAGACAGGUGCCCGCCCUGCAUCUCCCACUGCUGAGCUGGGCAACCUUGCAAAGCACUCAGCUGUCAGGCUUUUUCUGUGACAUGAGGGAGUGCUUGUCAUCCUCUCGAAAGUCCCUUCACCCUCAGAAAAUCCUCAUCCAAGAAUAAGAGCCUGACGUUUCUCCUCUGCACUCCCUCUUCAGCCAGCCCAUCCAUCAAGACACUUGUCUGGAGUCUGUGUGCUUCAGGGGUAUGUCUUUAUCAUCUUUCAUUUUUAACAGCUUUCUCCAGGUGCUGCUAACAUGUAAUACACUUCACAUGAAUCUGAUGUGUACAAUCUGAUGAAUUUUGACUUCAAUAUACAUCCGUGAAGCCACACCAUCUUCAAAAUAAUAAACACAUCCAUCAGCCCCCAUUUCCUUGUGCCCUUUGUUAUCUCUCCCUCCUGCU